AACCCAGCCCAGAGCGUGGAAACCUGGCUGUAACUGUGACGUCACCUCUGGUCUUGGAUAAACACCGUGACAGUAAGUAGUACAGUGUCGCAGGCACUGCUAUAAAUACAAACUAUUGUAUACAAGUACAACACUUUAUUUUACGACUCAAAUAUUAUAUAUUUAUCGCCGGCGGCGGUCGGAGCGGUCAAGAUGAAAGUGUUUGUGAAAACUUUGAAAGGCACUAACUUUGAGAUCCAAGUCCAACCUGAUAAUACUAUAUCCGAGGUGAAGAAUAUCAUAGAGACAAAACAGGGUGCAAAUGUUUACCCUGCUCUACAGCAGAUACUUAUCCAUCAGGGAAAGGUACUUAAGGAUACAACCACGCUAGAGGAGAACAAUGUUGCUGAGAAUAGUUUUAUUGUUGUUAUGCUAUCGAAGGCUAAAAAUCCAUCAGGUGAGGCAUCAACUACAUCAGCUGCACCUGCAAGCACGGCUCAGGCAGUCAACCCUUCACCUUCUCCAGUACAGCCUGUAACAUCAUCUCAAGCACCUGCAUCUACUGUUCAGAUCCCACAACCGGGAUCCGAAUCUACUCCGAUUUCUGCUCCUGAUACAUCUGUGGCAGAUGUAUACGGUCAUGCUGCAUCAAAUCUUGUGGCUGGAGGUAACCUAGAAUCUACAAUACAGCAAAUUCUUGAUAUGGGUGGAGGGAGCUGGGAUCGUGAUACAGUUGUUCGUGCACUGCGUGCCGCGUUUAACAAUCCUGAGAGAGCUGUUGAAUACCUAUAUUCAGGAAUUCCCGAGCAAGUUUUAGCUCCCGUUGCAGCCCAAGAACCUACUGGAGGUCAAGCUAUAAACCCUCCGUCGCAGGCACCACAAGCAACAGUACCCCCUGGUGGCCCUAAUGCGGACCCUCUGAAUCUUUUCCCACAGGGACUUCCAAAUAUGGGCGCAAACGCAAAUGCGGGGAACUUGGACUUUCUACGCACCAAUCCGCAGUUUCAAGCCUUGCGAGGAAUGGUUCAAGCAAAUCCUCAAAUACUGCAGCCUAUGCUUCAGGAAUUGGGAAAGCAAAAUCCGAACCUGAUGCGACUUAUUCAGGAGCAUCAGGCGGACUUUCUGCGUUUGAUAAAUGAAGGUGAUGAAGGGGGGGAAGGGAACGUACUGGGGGAUCUGGGUGGAGCUGCUCCGCAAGCUAUAGCUGUUACACCUGAAGAGCGAGAGGCAAUUGAACGUCUUGAAGCAAUGGGUUUCGAUCGAGCUGUAGUAUUGCAAGUAUUCUUCGCAUGUAACAGAGAUGAGGAACUGGCUGCUAACUAUCUUUUGGAUCAUGGUCAUGAGUUUGAUGAUGACGUAGCUAACUGAAGAAUUGUUCCUACAUAUAAAGUGACUUGGUUUUGUGCCCUUUUCAAGUGGGUCAGGUUUAAAAAUUACAAAAAUAGUAUUUAGUCAGACCUUUGUAAUUUGGAUUUUGGAUUACAUUUGAUUAUGUUGGCCCGGAUUAUCAAUACAUAUUUCUUCACUGGUGUGGCA